ACAGCGGAAACCGCUCAGAGCUCAGUCGGCAGACUCGGCACAGUCUGGAGAAGGUGGUAGGAAAAACCAACGGCAAGACAAGCCUUGGUCAGCGCAAAUCACUCCAGUUCCUGACGAACUAGACACAUUUUUAAUCUCGGGGAGGAAAGGAUUCUUGAAAUAGACUCUUUCUCUUCUUCUUUUUAUUUGGGGAGAAGUGCAAAAAUGAUUUCUCCGUGGGACAGAUGGUAUACGACCAGCUGCUGCCUAUGCUGUCAUGUUCGGACAGGCACCAUUAUCCUGGGUGUCUGGUAUAUGCUCAUAAACGCAGUAGUGCUCCUCAUCCUGCUCUCUGCUCUAAAUGACCCCGUCCAGUACCACUACCAUCUCACCAGCUCCGAGCUGGGAACAGACUUCGACGUCAUGGAUGAUGCGAAUAUGUGUAUUGCUGCCGCCAUCUCCUUGCUCAUGAUCCUCAUCUGUGGCAUGGCAACAUAUGGCGCCUAUAAGCAACAUGCAGCGUGGAUCAUCCCCUUCUUCUGCUACCAAGUCUUUGACUUUGCCCUUAAUACCCUGGUGGCCAUUAGUGUGGUGGUGUACCCCAACACAGUCCAGGACUACCUACAGCAGCUGCCCGGGACCUUCCCGUACAAAGAGGACAUCAUGUCCACAAACAACGUGUGCCUAGUGUUCGCAGUGCUCCUCUUCGUCGGAUGCAUACUGUCCUUUAAGGCGUACCUUAUAGCCUGCGUGUGGAACUGCUACAGAUACGUGAGUGGACGCGGCUCCACGGAAGUGCUCGUCUACGUCACCACCAACGACACAGCGGUGCUGCUGCCCCCAUAUGAAGAGGCCAUCGCCAUCCCCCCUAAGGAGCCCCCUCCCCAGUACGUCCCCACAUCUGACAGCCACCGAGUUUGAAAGAGAGAAUGAAAGAAAGGAGGGAAGGAAGGCUGGAAGAAAAAGAGAAGGAGAAAAGAAGAGAGAGAGAGAAAGAGUGAGCACCUGCCAGCCAGCACUCACUAGAGACCAUUUAUCUUUGAUGAAGCCCCCACUCCUCCCAACUAAACCGAACCAAACAACCAGACCCACAGAAACUCCCUUGAUCCUGGCCCCCUUUUUAAAAAAGAGACUAAAGACAUUUUUUCCGGUCUGACCAAUGUCACUGCCCUCCCCCUCCCCCUCCACCGUCACCAUCAUCACCACUCUCCUUAACGUUCCCUGGAUCUCCUUCUCUCUCUCCGAAGCAGUGAGCAUGUAUGGAUAACCUUGACUUUGCCCUUGACGUUCUCUCUCUUCAACACGGAGCCUCUAGCUCCAGCUGUCCAGGCGGGUGGUGGUGGCGGCGGGUUAGCGACUGUACUGCACGUACGCGUCAGCUCUCAUUCCAUUUGCACCUCUCCCUCCAUCCCUCCCUAUCUCCCUCCAUCCCUCCUCCCCAGUGGUUAAUGCUUGGCGGUCUCAUCUGAUACUGCAUCCUCCUGGCCAACCCUGUUAACACGCUCUGCCUCUACCACUACUCUACUGAAACGUGGACAUUCAACUAUUAAGAAGAUGCUCCCUCUCAGUCCUACGCAAUUCUGUACAGCAGGACACUGUAAAAAAAUCAAACACACACACACACACACACACACACACACACACACACACACACACACACACACACACACACACACACACACACACACACACACACACACACACACACACACACUCGUUGCAUUCUAUGGUUCUGUAUGAUCGAUGUACAAAAAAAGAACUCUCUUCAUUCUAUGCUCCUCCAUGACUACUGUAAAAUACGCUAUAAUAUCCCUUUUACCAGUGUUUACCGUCAACGCUCCUGUAUUGCUACUGUAAAAAAAAUACUUCUCCUCUAGGGACGGACAAACUGCAUCAAGGAAGAAAAAACUAUUCCUUCUGCCUGUGCUGCUAACACAGGUGAUUCAAUUAAUUAGCUCAUCAACCUGGCUGAAGGGAUGUGGUGAUUAGUAUCAGCUGGUUCAUGGGAUUGGUGGAGCAAAUAUGUACGUAGUAAGGUUUUUGAUUUCCUGAACCCGUUUUUUUCCACCUCUGACACACACACACACACACCCACCCACACACACACACACACACAACAUUUUAACUUUCAAACCCGGGGUGUCCGUCCCUGUCUGUUCCGAGCCUACACUGAGCCCUCUGUUUAUGAUACUGUGAAAUUCCCAAGAGCCGUCCUCUUGUGUUGACAUCCUUUUUUAUCAUUAUGAUGUAAAGCAAUGACCGUGAUGUGUUUGAGGGGGGGUUAUGCAACAGCACUUUUUAAGAAAAGAAAAAAAAUGACCAUUUCUGUGGUGACUUGUCCCGAAUGUAAAGAAACACAACAUGGGAAAGAGUUUUUUCGUACUAUGUUUUUAAUGUACAGAUUGUCUUACGAAAGGAGAGGGGGGGAAAAAAACAAAGUUAUACAAUGAUGAUACAAAGCUGCCCUAAUCAUAUUGAAACUUUGUGAAGGUCAAGUAGCGUUUAUUGAUAUUAUUAACCCUUAACAUGAUCCCCAAUCCCAGCAGAUGUCUUCCUUAGGUAGCAGGUGUGCUUUUAUACACCCAUGCUAUUAUAACCCAUCUGUUUGAAACCUAUAUGAAUCAUAUUCAAUUGAUACGUUGGGUUUAGUACUCACUUUGUGAGGCGACCUGUCUUAGAGUAUACGCUUAAGUAAGUAAGAGAUGUACUGUGAGAAUUUUUUGCAAUAUUUGCAGACUGAUAACUAAAAAGUGGGAGGGAAUGAGAUGAUUGAAUGAAUUAAAACAGUAAUGAAAGUGAAAAUUGUAAAAUAAAAAAACAAGGUUUAAGUGUUUUAUAUACCGGCAGCUGACCUGUACGUAAGGUUUUGCACAUAAUAUCAGCUGUGGAUUUGUCCUUUGUCUGUUGUAGUAGAUGGUAUUUCACCAGGGUGUAUGAACGAGCAAUGAAAUAACAUACACAGCAAAUUCUGCAGUGUUAACUUAAAGCUUAGACUAGAGAAUCAAACUGAACACUAUUCCAGUUGGUCCUACUGUACAAACCCAAGUCAUCUGACUCUGAAGAAGAUGCACAACGCCAAAGCGUUCAAUCAUUAGGGUUUGCACCACAAUCAAAAACUAACAAGUAUUUGAUUGCUCCUGUCAUCGCCGACCUAGUUUAAGUGUACCAGCCUGAUUUCACUAAUCUGUAGUGUUGAAUUAACAUUGUCAAAUGUAUUGCGUAGCUGCCAUGAUAAAGCAACAUAUGUGGUCAGCUUGUGGUCCAAAAAUGUAUUUCUUGCUCUUGACCAUCAUGGGGAAAAAUGAGUACAAAAUGGCUCCCUUCUCAGUCUACUGAAUAACUUCAUGUAGUGUGGUUGUGAUCCCUUUGCUGUCAUUUUAUAAAAGCUUUGAAGUGUCAUAUCCUGUAAAUAUUUCCAUUAUGUCAUUUCUGGCACAUAGAUGCCGACGUUGAUAUACCAACCAAGAUAACACAAUAUACAAUUACCAAACUGUUGGAGUCCUUAGAAUACCAUAGAUGUUCAGCUUCUUUACAAUCCUUGACUGUAAUUGCAGCUUUUUGCAAAUGUUUUUUGUCUUAUCUAAUAAAAACAAAAUGU